AUGGGCUACAUGCUCUACUCGCUCGCCUUCCUGACCCUCGCCGUAGGCACCACACUCUACAUGCUCCGCGCCCACUGGAUCCACCACCUCCCUUCCUCCUUCAGCCUGCCCUCCAACCCGCUCUACCACGCCAUCCCCACCACCUUCCGCGACGACAUCGAAGCGGGUCUGCACUCGACCGACUUCGACCUGACGGCGAAUGUCGAGGGCGAUGAGCGCGCCGGUCUGGACGACAAGGGCCGGAAAGAGGUGCUGAGGAUUAUGAAGAGGCGGGGUGUCGGAUUUGACGAGGCAAGGAGGCUGUUGAUGCAGGAGCGGUUUGCGAAGGCGGGCGUGGGGCUGGACGGCGUGCCGAGCGAUCCGAAGUUCGUGUCGUUUUCGUAA